GCUCCCUCUCCGGCUCCCCCGAUCUGAAGUCGCCGCCAGCCGCCAGCCGCCUCCCGCCUGCCUCCGGGGUCCGUGCCUCGCCACCCACUCGCCGUCGCCGCCUCCCCUUGUCUCCGUGCCCCGCCUCCGCCCCCGCCGCGCUCUUCCUCACGCGCUGCUUCCGCGCCCGCGCGCUCCACCGCACCCACCCGCCCGGUCCUGUUCGGCGGUCCGGCGGUGUGCAGGCGUGACCGCGCGUUCCGUGCACCCUGCCCUGCACUACAGCAAGCAGCCAGCCUGCGGCCACCAGCUACCACCCGGCCCUCCCUCCGCCCCACGACUAAACACAGCACACAGGUGGACCACCCUUUUUAAAAUUCCUACUUAGAUCCAGCUACCGGAGAGCGGAACCGUGCCUGCCCAAGAUGGGAAUGGAGGAGUCGGCGGGGGGCGCCGCGAGGCAGGCCAAGGAGUCGCUGGAGCUGGCGUUCCAGAUGUCCCAGAUCCUCGACACCGGCCUCGACCGCCACACCCUCUCGCUGCUCAUGGCGCUCUGCGACCGCGGCGCCAACCCGGAGGCCCUCGCCGCCCUCGUCCGCGAGCUCUCCUCCACCGCUCCCCCGGCCCCCGCCACCCCCACCGCGCCCGCCUCCAACGUCGUGGCGGCCCCGACCGCUCCCUCGCUGUUCCCCUCCGGCUUUCGCCAGCUCUAGGCUACUAGGCAGGUACUGAAGACUGGAUGCAACUGACAUUCUCGAUUCGAAGUCGGACCAAAUCCGAUACUUGGCUUGCUGGAAGGGCCGGAUGAGCUUUGGUCAGGAGGAAACAAAUCUUGCUCUGGAAUGCACUCACGAUGCUGUUUCCACAAGAAAAAGUUGUGGCUCAUUGAGUUCCUGUAAAUUGGCAUCUUUCUUUGCUUGACUUGGACACCACUGUAGUAAUCAUGAUGGCCACUACCUCUUCAUCCAUGGUCAGUCUUAUACUCCCAUCGCUGUAUGCAUCAGCUGGACAUCUGGUGUUGUAUCGAUUAUUCUCUCGUUGA